AACCUUGGGUUUUGGAACUGGCUUAAUUUUCACAUGAUGUGGAGCAUCACAAUUCAAUUUAUUACACAACUUCAUAACUCAUUAUCACAUCUUCAUCAUCAUCAUUAGGUUUUUCUUUUUCAUGACAAGAGAGAGAGAAUUAACUCACCUCAGGUAAUUUCCUCAGAUUUCAAAUUGUUAGGUCAACUGCAACUGCAAACGUUGACAUUUCUCACCCCAUGUUACCACUUAUACUAUAAUUAUAUUGUUACCACACUCAUACAAAAUUUUGUUUUAAUUUCAUUAUUUAUUAUCUUUGCUUGAUUUUUCAUAAUGUAUGAUUUGGGUUUAUUCCCAAAUCAAGCAAAGUUAACAACUAUGUUCAAAUCCAUUGCUUAAUUGUUAGGUCAAAGUUUAGAUAUGUUCUUCUAAUUUGAAUUUGAAAUACAAUAUUCUGAAAAAAAAUGCAUUUGAUUCACUCUCAAAUUCACCAAGGCAAUGGUGCUAAUGCUAUUAACACCCCCCCUCCUCCAUAUUAUUCCUCAUUCCCUUCAUUUCCUUAUAGUUCUACCAACCAAAAACAAUCAGAAGCAACCCAAGAAUCUUCAUCUUCUGGGAAUAAAAUAAGUCCUGCAAUUCUUUUCAUCAUAGUUAUAUUAGCUGUUAUAUUUUUCAUCUUAGGUUUCCUUCAUUUACUAGUUAGGUUUCUCAUAAAGCAUAGAUCUUCCUCAUCAAUUUCACAGUCAAGUAGAUACCCUGAAAUGUCUGAAUCUGAUGCAUACCAAAGACAGUUACAACAGCUAUUCAAUCUUCAUGACUCAGGUUUGGAUCAAGCAUUCAUUGAUGCUCUUCCUGUUUUCUUUUACAAAGAGAUAAUAGGUUUGAAAGAGCCAUUUGAUUGUGCUGUUUGUUUAUGUGAGUUUUUGGAACAAGAUAAAUUGAGAUUGUUGCCUAAUUGUAACCAUGCUUUUCACAUUAACUGCAUAGACACAUGGUUGUUGUCUAAUUCAACUUGUCCUCUAUGUAGAGGGACACUUUAUGCACAAGGGUUUUCAUUUGAAAAUCAAAAUCCUGUUUUUGAGUUUGAGGGUUCAAGGGAUGAAGAUGGUGUUUUAGGCAUCGGUGGUGUCGGUGGAAUCGGUUCGUUUAACAAAUCUUUGGAAAACCAUAUAAUGAAUGGGAAAAGGGUUUUUUCUGUUAGGCUUGGAAAGUUUAGAAGCUCAAAUAAUGGUGAAGGAGUUGAAAGAGGUGAAGGAGAGAGUAGUAGUAAUUGUAACUUUGAUGUUAGGAGAUGCUAUUCAAUGGGGUCUUUUCAAUAUGUUCUUGCUGAUUCUGAUUUGCAAGUUGCUUUGAGACCUUCUAAAGGUGAUGGUAGUAUGAGACAAUUGAAGGGAAUUAGAGAAACUAAUGAUGAGAGUUUUUCUAUUGAUGGUGAUGUUGAAGGCAAGAAGAUCAACAUUGCAAGGAAAGGUGAAAGCUUUUCUGUUUCCAAGAUAUGGCAAUGGUCUAAGAAAGAUAAUAAGAUACCAAGUUCAUCAGCUGCUACACAUUUUCAUGAUUCUGUUAACACUGAAAGUUUGCCAUGGAUGAAUAAAGUUAGAGGUACAUGAUAUACUAGUAUUAAGCUACUUAGUGUUUUGUAUUUUUAACUACUUUCAUAUUUUUCAAAUUCAGUGAAUCCAUUUGUUUAGCUCUUACUUUCACUCACACUUUGAUUUUACUUUUUUCUUUAGUGCUAAAACAUGUAAGUUAUGCCAUAAAAUAAAACACUUAACUUGAUCAAGCAAUUGUUUUUGUAAUAUAUCA